AAUAUUACAACUCUGACUGGUGUGAUCAGGAGUCCCGGAUACCCAAGAUACAUGGAACAAGCCCACUAUGAGUGGACAUUCAGACCUCCCAUACCACGUGCUCGUAUGGCUUUAUAUUUGGAAGACAUCGGUUUGGCUGGGGCAAGUAACCUCAAAGUAAAAGACGCCGCGUCAAAUCCUCAACUCUUAUACAUCAGGAACAACUCUCUUGUCGUUGAAACCGCAACGGCAAAAGUGAUCUACUACUCGACGUAUUUUACGUCUAGAGGGCGAGGGUUUAGAAUGAGAUUCUACGCCUUUAGCACUGAGAAUGAACAGCUAUGCAACAAAAAUUGGAAUUUUUCGUUAAUGAACACUGUUCCUGGAAGAAUCACUGUCUCUUGGGCCAACGCACCGGCACAAGUAUCUCACCAACCUGGGGCAACAUACACCUACCUGGUUUUAUACACAAUGGUUGAAAGUAGCUACACUAUUUCUACCAUCGUUGUGGGUUGGAGAACAGCUAUGAUUGACUUUCUCCAUCCGAACACAAACUAUUCUAUACAAGUGAUUGCUUUUGAAACGUCAAGUAUUAAUGGAACAACGAUAUACAGCUGUCCACAGCUGGUACAGGCCCUUGAUGCAAAUGUUCGCCUGGUCGGAUGGUUGAAUAACACAAACAGCACAGAAGGUCGAGUAGAGGUUUUCUACAAUGGUCAAUGGGGAACAGUCUGUGAUGACAGCUGGGAUUUGAACGAUGCUAAUGUGGUCUGUCGUUCACUGGGUCUACCAARAGCAGKGGCUGCACCACAGAGCGCAGCCUUUGGUCAAGGAACUGGUCCAAUCUGGAUGGAUGAUGUGCGCUGCAGUGGAAGUGAAUCAUCUUUAGUUCAGUGUCAGCAUAGAGGAUGGGGAUCACAUAACUGUGGACAUCAUGAAGAUGCAAGUGUUGUGUGCGGACUGCCAACAUCUAUUUACAUGAAUAUUACAACCCUGACUGGUGUGAUCAGCAGUCCCGGAUACCCAAGAUACAUGGAACGAGCCCACUAUGAGUGGACAUUCAGACCUCCCAUACCACGUGCUCGUAUGGCUUUAUAUUUCGAAGACAUCGAUUUGACUCGCAGUCAUUGGACUGGAAACAGCUAUGUUGCUCUGCAAGAUUUAUCUGGACAUCAACUCUUCCGACUCAGUAAUUCAAAGACCAAUCCAUUUGGCCUAAUUCAAGAUAAGACAACAAAACUAGUGUUUUAUUCUGCGUUUACCACAAGAGGGAAAGGACUUCGCGUGCGCUAUAUCUUUUUUGAUCGUUCUUUUGAUGAUGCUCCUACACAAAACGCUUCCAUCUUAGUAUCAAGUCCCAGUCCCCAGAGCAUCAGUGUGGCUUGCGGAUCUUUCACUGUUGAUGGUUUCAAAGUCAUUGGGUAUCUCAUCACCUGUAAUUCAACAGAUGUCUGGCAUGGUAUUGUAUCGUACGCUAUUGCUGAUAACGAAACGAAAAUUGCUUCAUUUUAUCAGCUUGUGGGAUGGACGAACUACAAAGUGCAAGUAUUUGCCAUUGGUAUUAACAUUACCGAUGGUAGUAUGAUGAUGUACAAGGGCAAGGCAGUUGAGAUACGAACCAUGGAAGGAGUUCCAAAUCAAAGUCCAUCGGGUUUUCAUGUUGUUUCCACGAGUACGAGCACUAUUCACCUGCAGUGGAAUCCAAUACCGCGUGACCGUGCCCAUGGCGUUCUUCUUGGUUACCAAGUGCAGUACGUUGAUGAUGAACACUACAACAGUAAAAACCUAACCACCAAUGACACAAAAGUAAUUCUUAAGAAUCUUUUGCCUGUUAUGAGGUAUUCUAUCAACAUAUGUGGAUUUACAAGUAAAGGUCAGGGACCAUGGAGUCGGAUUAGUGCAAUAACAAAAUGCGGAGGAAUUGAACAGCGRGCACAUGGCAUGAUAAGCCAUCCACGUUAUAAUAGAAAUAUUUGGUGGACUAUGGAUUGCGUGUGGACGUUAAGGGCACCUUCUAAUUCAGGAAUGAUUGUGGUUUCACUGGAAUCGGUGGAUGUCCCAAUAUUUCAUCAGUGCAGGCGGUUUUUUGUUGCUUUAUUUGACAACAAAGGCCAAAUGGUUCACAAGUUAUGCGGUCGAAGACAGUUUUUUACCUUUAUAUCCUUUGGUACGGCCAAACUACAGUCUUACUCAAAUGGGGGGUUAGGACGUGAUGGAUUCAUAAUGAAAGCAAAGUAUCACAUGCUUGACAAUGGCCUUGAUGAUGUACUUGUGGAACCAACUUGGAACAUCAGCGCUAAGAGUAGUAGUUCAUCCACCUUCAACGUCCAGUGGUCCGAAUAUCCUCUCUCAAGUAAUAUGGCAGCAUCAACCCAAGUAGUGUCAUACUUGGCUGUUUGUAUUUCUGUCAAGAACCAUACUAAGAUAUCUGUAGCAAGCACUGAUGGUCAAGACAGAAGUGUGAACGUUACGCAUCUUGGGAAGUACACUGCAUACUACGUACAAGUGAUUGUAGUGUUAGGCAAUUCAAGUAACUCGACAAGUGCAAUGCGAAAUGAAACAUCUUUUCAACGGAGUACAAAUAUCACCGUACGAACGAUGGAGGAUGCUCCCAGUCAACCUCCGGUAAAUAUUGUAGCAGGAGUUAGAGCCGUAGACAAUAUCUUGGUCAAGUGGGAUCCGAUUCCUAGUGAAUACGUAAAUGGUAUACUACUGGGAUAUCAUGUUUACUAUCAGCCAACUUUGUCGUCGAAUAACAGUCACGAGAGAAUGGUAUUUGUAGAUGCAAAUAGAACGUUCGUUGUGCUGAAGAAUCUUGGUUUCCUUACGGAAUACCGCAUUACAAUCGCUGGACUCACACGGCCUGGUCAAGGACCAAGAAGCCGAGUUGUCUUUAUAAAGACAGGUGUUGAUUGUGAUGAGAAACUCUCAGGCAGGUAUGGUGAAUUUUCAAGUCCAAAUCAUCCAAAUAACUAUCCAAAUGAUGUGAGUUGUUCUUGGACCGUCGGAGAAGGAAUAAAACUUGACGAAAUUGUUAUCCUGUUCGAUUCUUUUGAUUUAGAGGACAGCAAUAGUUGCAGCAAUGAUUACGUCAAGAUAACGGAUAACAAGGGGAAUCAACUUGGCCAGUACUGUGGAAAGAAAAGUCCAUUUGUUGUUGUAUCGCAAAGACCUGCAAUUGUCAUACUGCGUUCAGAUAGAGCACUUGAAAAGAAAGGCUUCAAUGCAACUUUUUAUGCGAUUGAUAAGAGUUCUAAAGGCCUUGACCUGAAAGUAAGGUCUAAUACUGCAACAGAGUCAAUGCUGGAUAUUGAAAACCUCGAAGUCGAAUUUACGGAGCUUGUGGUUCUAUACAAAGAAAAGGAGGGCCAAAAGACUUGGAAAGUUUCUACGACAUCCUCGACUAAUAUCACCAUCCGGGGACUUCUUCCGCUCAAAGAAUAUGAAGCGAGAGCAGUAGGAUAUUUUAAUGGACGAGUGUACAAGAGCCAGUUAGUGACAUUUAAAACUUUGCCACAACAACCGACAUCUACAGAAAUUCCAACGAUAAGGCGUAUGUACGAUUAUGGGCCUUCUGUGGGAGAUAGCGUCGUUCCACAUACUUGGGGAAACCUUCAAAAAUGCUUUGGGGUUGAACUCGAUGAAGACGGGAUAACUAUAUUAAGGAAACGCUAUCAUAGGCUUUACCUUUGUCAUAACGGCGUGAUUCGCUUUGGAGCACAUUUUCUCCCUCGCUGGCCUAAGCCAUUCAGCAGAACUACCGAAGGCUGUGAACUUGGCCUUGCAAUGUUAGCACCAUACUGGGCAACUACAGAUCCAUAUUCCUUCUAUCAAUCACAUAUCUCUAACGUUUACUACCAAAUGUACACUUCAUCGAACAAGAAAGUAAAGUCCAUUAAUGUUCUAAACCGGGCCACAUCAGAAGUUCACAGACUAUACAUUUCAAAAGCCAAGCUACUUUACAAUCAUACCUCGCUCAACCAAUUCCAAGCGUCUCUUGUUUUGGUAGUCACGUGGCAUAAUCUCCGCCAUUUUAAUUUGAAUUCUGAAACACGUAAUUUGGUAAGCUUGUAACUUAAUUGUAUUUCAGUAUUUAUCUCAGUAGUCGCUAGAGGUAUACUUUAGCAUUCCU